AUGUCCUCCCCGGACACUUGGACCAACCCAGGUAGCGAAAUUGUUGUCAGCGGACACAUCGGUCGAACAAGAAAGGUCGGCAAGAACCUAGCCUUCGCCCACUUGGAGCGCAAUGGAGAACGAAUCGGGCAGAUCUGUGCCAAAGGCGAGAAUGCGGCUGUUCUGGCCAAGAUACGUCCCUUCAGCGCCGUCUUGGUCAAGGGUGUUGUGACGGAGGCCUCAGGUGCCGCACGCUUCGAGAUGGACAUGGAGUCGAUACAGUACCUAAACCCAUUUCCCAAGGACAUCAUCAUCGGCCCCGAUACCGUUUUCCCCCCCGAACAGCGUCACUUGCAGUUGCGAUUCCACCAGCAGCUGAGGGAGAGACUCCGCUUCCGUGCCCAGCUCAAGUCCACUAUGGGACAGGCGAUGGUGGAUCGAGAAUUCAUGGACGUCGAGACGCCAAUCCUUUUCAAGUCUACUUCGGAGGGCGCGAGAGAGUUUAUUGUUCCUACGAGGCGCCCGCGACACGCCUACGCCCUGCCGCAGAGCCCCCAGCAAUAUAAACAGGUCCUGAUGGCCUCUGGCAUGGGAGGCUACUACCAGUUCGCGCGCUGCUUCCGCGACGAGGACCAUCGCGCGGACCGUCAGCCCGAGUUUACUCAGCUGGAUAUGGAAAAGUCAUUCGCAACGGGUGUGACCAUCAUGGAGGACGUCGAGUACGUCGUGGGUCGUGCGUGGGACACAUUGAGAGAACUAUAUGUCAUGGAAGUGGGCAAAGACUCGUUCGCGCCAGUCAGGAAAGCAUCAUUGCAAGUCCGUAUCUUCGAGUGUUCCGUGGCUUCUGACGCCGAAUCUGACUGCAUGCAGAACUGGGAGCAAAGCAUCCAGGACAGCGCCAAGGACGACGCCAAAGCGCCCAUCUACCAAGAGUACCCCGCGAUCUCUACGCCCUUCCUGAGGAUGAAGUACACCGACUGCAUGGAUCUCUACGGAUCCGACAAACCGGACCUGCGCAUCCCAAACAGAAUUUGCCGGGUUGACGAGCACCUCAACAAGAACUUUGUCAGCAUGAUCACGGACCUCGAGUCACCGAUUGUCGAAGUCUGGAAAAUCAGCCCACACGAAGACGUUGAUAGACGAGACGUGUGGAAGUUUGUGAUCGACUUCAUGGAAAACCUCCCCAAGGGCCUGUCCCAGAACCCGGACGGCGCACCCACGGCCUUGGUGUUUGACAGCAGCAAGCCGCUCAACGGCUUCUCGGCAUUGGGGCCGGAAGGACUGGACAGCAUUCUCGGCGCUCUGCCAGAGGACGCGGGCUUCUCGGAGCUGAACAACGGCGACAUCAUCUUGUUCCAGGCGCGCAAGGACCAGCCCCAGCAAGGUGGCUCGACCAAGCUCGGCGAGACGAGAAUCGCGCUGUACCACGCCGCCGUGGAGGCCGGUCUUCUGGACAGGGACGACAGCUUCAAGUUCCUCUGGGUCACCGACUUCCCCAUGUUCACCCCGGAAGAGGAGGGCGACGUCGGGCAGGGCGGGGCCUCGGGCUUCUCGGCGACCCACCACCCCUUCACGGCCCCACACUCGGAGGAGGACUUUGAGCUCCUCUUCAAGGACCCGCUGAAGGCCAAGGCCGACCACUACGACCUCGUCCUCAACGGCGUCGAGCUCGGCGGCGGCAGCCGACGUAUCCACAUCGCCGAGAUCCAGGAGUUCAUCUUCCGCGACAUCCUGAAGAUGAGCCAGGACAAGAUCAAGGAGUUCUCCCACCUGCUCAAAGCGCUGCGUGCCGGGUGCCCGCCGCACGCCGGUUUCGCCAUCGGCUUCGACCGCUUCGUCGCCGUCUUGAGCGGCUCGUCGUCCGUCAGGGACGUCAUUGCCUUCCCCAAGAACAACAACGGCGUCGACGAGUUCGCCGGAGGCCCGGGGAAGAUGACCAAAGAGCAGCUCGAGACGUAUAACCUUCAGUUCCGCAAGAAGGAAUGA